AUGGCGAAGCUUGUCGGCAGUACUGCUGUUAGUGCCACUGAGUACCUCUUUUCGCUGGCCCGCGCCGAUGCUGCGCUGGCAACCAUCACCUCCGACGACCAACUCCACGUAAUCGAUGCAGCUUCGCUAAAGACUCUAAAGUCUACCAACACCUGUCACACCGGCGUGUCCUGCUUGAAGUCCGGUCUUCAUUCCAGCUUGGUCACCGGAGGUCGUGAUGGCUUGGUUCGAUGCUGGGAUUCCAGGGCCAAGCAAGUCGCACAGCUCAUCGAACCUCAGUCCAGAGGCAUCUCAUCCCUUGCAUGUCACGAUCGCUACAUUGCAGCCGGAACAGAAAGCACCAAAGAAGGCCUUGGCGAUGUUAGCGUGCUUUUGUUCGACACUCGGAACUCGAGCGUGCCUUUGCGUCAAUACAACGAAUCGCACACGGAUUCGUUGACACAACUGCAAUUUCACCCGCUUCAACCACAGAUCCUCCUGUCUGGCAGCACAGAUGGCCUGAUUUCUAUCUUCGAUGUCAACCAUGCCGACGAGGAGGAUUCUCUGCAACAAGUCCUAAAUCCGCGGUCGGCAGUUCAUUGCGCAGGGUUUCUCGCGCAGGACCAGGUCUAUGUCGUUUCAACCGAUGAACAGUACUCCAUACACACGCUUGCAAAGACAACCGCUGAGGAUGAAGACGUGCCACCACCCAUCACAUUUGGCGACGUUCGAGAGAAGCUACAUUGCAUGUACGUAAUUGAUGUUCUGGUGCAGCCGGACGGGCCCCCAGUCAUGGCGUACGGGCACAACAAGAAGCAGACGCUAUCUAUAUCUUCGCUGGGUUCUCCAGGUGCCUGGGCGUUCGGCGAAAAGGUCAAUCUACCCGGUGCCCAUGGCGAGGAUGUAGUACGGGAUCUACUUCUCACGGGCAAACGUGCUUUUAGCUGCGGCGAGGAUGGCAUUCUCAAAGCAUGGGCGUUAGAAUGA